UGCCAUGCGUCUUGCUAGCUGCUAACAAAGAGACGCGGAAGUGAUCAACACGUCGCGAGCUUAGAGUAAAGUGUGAGAGUGAAGUGUUGUGAUUGUGUGAAAAUGUGUAAAGUACAAAUGCUGAGAGCGUUGGUGAAUCAGCGACUGACUGCGGCCGUUGAAGAAAUAUUUGUAGUGUUGGAAAGAACGAUAGCAGAGUACGAGGAGGAACUUUCUCGAACAAAAGAAGAGAACGAGCGACAACGUCACCUACUGGACGUACUUUUCAAGAAGCCUCAAGUUGUGUUACACAGAGAAGAAGCCGACGCAGAACAUCUUCCACCUGAGAAGCUGGAGUGGAGCUCCAGGAUGGAGCAGAAGAAGCGUCAGGAUCCCCACAUUAAAGAGAGAGAGGAGGAGCCACAGACCUCCCACGUUAAAGAGGAAGAGGAGGAUCACAGCAUCAGUCAGGAGGGAGAGCAUCUUGAAGAACUGGAGAAGUUCCCAGUGAUUUGUGUUGUUCUGAAGAGUGAAGAUGAUGAAGAUAAAGGUAAAAGUGAAGAGAAGAGAGAGGUGGAGCCUCCAAACAGCAGCUCAACUCAACACAUGACAACAGAAGCUGAUGGAGACCACUGUGGAGGAUCACAAGCAGACAACCUCUUAGCUCCACUAUCAGAUAGUGACGACACAACGUCACACUCCCCAGACACUGAUGAUGAAGACUCUAAAGCUGAUAUGAUAUGUCACACUGACAACACACACUUGAAAUGCUCUCACUGUGACAAAACAUUUUAUGACCGUAGUACUCUGAGAAGACACAUGAGACUACACACAGGAGAGAAACCAUUCACGUGUUCAGUGUGUAAUAAAAGAUUCUCUCGGAAGGAACAUUUGACAAGACACACAAGAAAACACACUGGUGAGAAACCUUUUACCUGUUCAAUGUGUGUUAUGGGUUUUACACAUAAUCACCAUUUGAAAGCACACAUGAGAAUACACACUGGUGAGAAACCCUUCACCUGCUCAGUGUGUGGUAAAGGUUUUGGACAGAGGUAUAGGUUGAAAACACACCUGGGAAAACACACAGGAGAAAAACCUUUUACCUGUUCAGUCUGUGGAAAAGGUUUUGGACUUAAUCACAAUUUGAAACAACACAUGAAAAGACACACUGGUGAGAAAGUGCUGAGUUGCAGUGUGUGUGGUGAAGGAUUCUCUUAUAAGUACCAGCUUAACAAUCACAAGUGUGCUGGUGAGAAGAGCAGCAGUAAAUGAAGCUGCAGGACUUGAAAUAAACUGUCAUGACUUUGAUAACUUUGACUUUUUAACAACAUCACCACAUAUAACAUGUGUGACAUUGUUGAUGUGUGUGUAGCCCAAUCUUCUUAAUAUGCUUCUACCAUUUAAAUGUGUGUGCCUCUGGAGUCAUCUGGGAUAGGCUGCAGCUUAUUUAUGACUAAAGAGAACAAGUGGUGUGGAAAAUGCAUGGUGGGUUAUCAUUUAUGUACAAUAAAAAUAGAAAAAAAAUCUGUGAGUGUCAGGCAGUUUUAUUUCUGUCAAUUGCAAACUUGAGCAAAGAAAAUAUCAGAAAAGCUGUUCUGUUGUUUGCCCUU